ACCCACUCUCUUCCUCCGAUAUUACCUUAACCCACUCUCUUCCUCUCAUUACCUAACAAAUAACAACCCGGACACCGCUAUAUAACGCCCACUCUCUCCCUCUUUCAUGCUCUGAUCUGUUUCUUCCAGACUCAGAACAGAGCAUGAUGCACCGCGUUAACACUGUAUCUUUCUUUUUCCUAGUCCUUUCCAUUUUCUCACUCGCAGAUGGGGGUUUGAUCGGAAUCAACUACGGUCGAGUAGCGAACAACCUACCUUCAGCAGUGAAGGUGGUUCAGCUGCUGAAGUCCAACGGUGUAGACCGGGUCAAAAUAUACGACACCGACCCGGCGGUACUUAAAGCCCUAGCUGGGUCCGGUAUCAAAAUCACCGUCUGCUUACCCAACGAACAACUCUCCGACGCCGCCAAACAAAAGGACUUCGCCGAAAAAUGGGUCAAACAAAACGUGGCCGCCUACCACCCGAAGACCCAAAUCGAAGCCAUAGCCGUCGGGAACGAAGUCUUCGUCGACCCGGAUAACGUGACCGGGUUCCUCGUACCCGCCAUGAAAAGCAUCUAUCAAGCACUCGUGAAGCACGACCUCCAAUCCGCCAUCAAAGUCUCCUCACCCAUUGCUCUCAGCGCUCUUGGAAACUCCUACCCUGCCUCAGCCGGAUCUUUCAAACCCGAACUCGUCGAACCCGUGAUCAAACCCAUGCUGGACUUUUUCCGUCAAACUGGGUCGUUCAUCAUGGUCAAUGUCUACCCGUUUUUCGCCUACGAAGCCAACUCCCAAGUCAUCUCUCUGGACUACGCUCUGUUUCGUGAAAACCAAGGUGUGGUAGACGCCGGUAGUGGCAAGCGUUACUUUAACCUCUUUGACGCCCAAAUCGACGCCGUUUUUGCGGCAAUGUCGGCUCUGAAGUACGAUGAUAUCAGAAUGGUGGUGACGGAGACUGGUUGGCCGUCGAAGGGUGACGAGAAUGAGAUAGGCGCGGGCAUGGAGAACGCCGCUGCGUAUAACGGGGGCCUGGUGAAAAGAAUACUCACCGGCGGUGGGACCCCCUUGAAACCCAAAACAGAUCUGACCGUUUAUCUCUUCGCUCUCUUCAACGAGAACCAAAAAACUGGACCCACAUCUGAGAAUAACUAUGGUCUGUUUUACCCAAAUGAAGACAAGGUUUAUGACAUACCGUUGACGUUGGCCGGGCUGAAGAAUUACCGGGGGACCAGGGCACCGGCGUCGACUACCGGCAGUCGGAAGAAUUCGACGCCGGUGACAGGCGGUGAUGGGGGGCAGGUGUCGCCGACUGUUUCGGGGCAGAGUUGGUGCGUGGCGGAUGCAAAGGCCGGGAAGGAUAAGCUGCAGGCGGGUCUAGACUAUGCGUGUGGGGAAGGAGGAGCUAAUUGCCAUCCGAUUCAACCAGGGUCCACGUGUUACGAACCCAACACGCUCGAGGCCCACGCUUCGCACGCUUUCAACAGUUAUUACCAGAGGAAUGGACGCAAGAUGGGCACGUGCUUCUUUGGUGGUGCGGCGUAUGUUGUUUCAGAGCUACCCAAGUUUGGGAAGUGCGAAUUGCCCACUAACUAAACAAGAGAACGAAGAAAGGGUUGGAAGAAGAAGAAGAAGUGGUUGGAAAUGCUCUUCAUUCAUUUGUAGCUCUUUUGGAUGAUCUCCAUUUUCAUUUUUGAUGUAUUUAUAUGGAGUAGUAGGUUGGUUGGAGUUUGGUGGUUAGAGAUUACUAUGGACUAUCUUUGUUUAUAUAACUUUAUAUAAAAUUGCAUAAUGUAAUUAUGUUUCUUUUUAA